UCAUCGAACAAGUUGAGCAACUGGAAAGUUACAAUUUUUUGUUCGACUCUAAUGUUAUUGUUGCUGAAAUGAAAGAAAAUGUAUAUACCUUGUUUAUUGUUUACAAAACACAUAAGCACGGCCCGCUUAUAAAAGAAUCGUAUGGUACCUGGACAGCGUCAAAUGGCUUAAAUAAAACUAGGGAAAUUGAUACACCAGCUUCAAUACGACGCAAAAAUCUUAUGGGCCUACCCCUAGCGGCUUCAAUUGUUAUAAGUGAUAAUAGAACAAAGAACGAAAUUAUGACUUUAAGGAACAUCUUCGUGGAUACAGUAGCAAAAUCGGGGUACCGUCAAAUUUGUCCACUGUACGACUUCUUGAACGCCUCUAUGGUUAUCAUGUAUACUGAUACUUGGGGAUAUCAAACUAAUGGGACAUUUAACGGAAUGGUCGGAGAUUUGGUUCUAGGAAAAGCAGAACUUGCUGGUACAAUGAUAUUCAUAACAAAAUCGCGGCUGGAUGUACUAGAAUAUUUGGCCUACCCAUCGCCACCCACUACCAAAUUCGUAUUUCGUCAGCCCUCUUUGUCCUAUCAAAACAAUCUUUUUAUAUUACCGUUCAGGCCCAAAGUAUGGUUAUGUAUUCUUGGACUCAUUAUACUAUUAACAACUAUUCUACUCGUCAACUCGUACUGGGAAUAUGAGAAGUUGGACAACCGGAACAAUUACGAUCAAACAGUGUUGCGACCAAAUAUAAGCGAUAUUUCUAUAAUGGUAAUAAGUGCUAUUUCUCAACAAGGAAGCUCAACCGAACUCAAAGGUACCCUCGGACGCGUGGUAAUGUUCCUAUUAUUUUUCGCGUUUGUGUUCCUGUAUACCUCCUAUUCGGCAAAUAUCGUUGCCUUGUUGCAGUCCAACUCUAACAAGAUAAGGACUCUAUCUGACCUUCUGAACUCUCGACUUGAACUGGGCGUCGAGGAUACGACGUACAAUAGAUAUCAUUUCUCGAUUGCCAGUGACACAAUAAGGAAAGCCAUAUAUCAAACUAAAAUAGCGCCUCAAGGAUCGAAAGACAAUUUUAUGAGUUUAGAGGAAGGAGUUAAAAAGUUACAAACGAGGCCAUUCGCCUUCAAUAUGAACUUAGGAACUGGCUACAAGUUGGUUGAAAAAUAUUUUCACGAACACGAAAAGUGUGGUCUUCAAGAGAUUCAGUACAUUCAGGAAUCAAAAGCUUGGCAAACGUGCCGAAAAAAUUCGCCGUACAAAGAAAUUUUUAAAAUUGGUCUGAUCAGGAACCAAGAACAUGGUUUGAACGAUCGAGUUAAUCGGUUAGUAUACACGAAGAAACCUGCCUGCGCUUUCCGCGGUAGCAGCUUCGAUUCCGUCAACAUGAUCGAUUUUUACCCAGCAUUACUUCUACUGCUGUAUGGAAUGAUAUUAGCUAUUCUCUCUCUUCUUUUAGAAAUUUUUUAUCAUAAGCGAGUCAUGCGUAUUUCUAAAAAUUGUGCGUAAUUACGCAUUAUUGAAUUCAAUAAAAUAAUGCGAGGCAUGUUGCUAUUUUGUGUUAAUAGAUAAUUUUUUUAAUCAUUAAAAAAAAGAUUAUGUCU